GCGUGCUGAGAGCACCAGCCGUCGGGGUCGAGCUUAUCGACCCCGGUACCAUGCCGCGAUCAUCGUCGCCCACGCGGCGUCGGUUCUCGAGCCGUCGCCAGCAGAUGACCGCGCGAUGCGUGCGCUUCCCGUCGCGGCGACGUCGGCGCGCAUACGUCCGCAGUACGUACGCGAGGUGGCGAACGCGCGGGAGGCACACAGCCAGUCAGUGUGCGCUCGCGGUGGCUGGCUCGAGCGUGGUCGAUCCCUCCCCGGAGAGACGCGAGGCUCCUCUGCCCGCGAUGAUGGAGCUGCGCGAGGUGAACCGCGCGUACGGCACUGCGGAGGAGACGACGGAGCUCCUACCGCAGCGCGACAACGCCGAGUACGAGAGCUAUUUCAUCAAGUACGCGAUGCAGAAGGAGAUGAUCAAUCGCAACCGAUGCCCCGCGAGCCGACGAUUGCUCAGCCAGGCCGCUCACUUGGACUACAAUUUUCCCAAUAGCAAUCACGUCAAGGAUUCACCAUGUGCCGGGAUCAGCAUGAUCCAUACGUCGAGCGCGAACUGGCCGCCCUCCAGGAAGCGCGAGGAAGCGACAGCUUUGGAGAAUCUCAGAAAGAGGGUGGAACAGAGCAAGUUGUACAAGGCGGACCGGAUCGUCGAUCCGGUGGUGACCACCGCAUCCUCGCUGACUUAUGAGCAGACUCAGCAACAGCUGGACAAUCGACCGAAACUCCUGAAAAAGAUACUCAGCAACCGGCCGAUGAGUAUCACGCACGACAGGAGCGACUUGGAGACCGACUGGCGCGACAGCGAAUUUAUCACCGAGUGCCUUUGCUGGCACAACGUAUAUCGGCAACGGCACAACGCACCUCCGUUGAGUAUGUCGCCUCAGUUGUGCGAGUACGCCCAGACGUGGGCGAAUCAUCUGGCGCACACGAACACGUUCUACUACAGGAACGACCGGAAUGUCGGUCACAAUCUCUAUUGUCGCCCCGGCGGUGCCGUUCCCGGCGACGUCACGGGGCAGGAAGUCGCGUCCUACUGGUACUCCGCUGUAAGGCAGUACGACUUCCUCAAGGAGCCGGACGUACUCCAUGCCAACGUGAACGCAGGUCACUUCACGCAGCUGAUAUGGGCGAGCAGCCGGUACUUCGGGGUCGGCAAGGCGCGCAGCCGCAGCGGCAAGCUGAUCGUCGUGGCGAACUACGAGCCGGUGGGCAACGUGUCGGGCCAGUUCCAGAACAACGUGCUACCACCGUUACUGGAGAACAUGAACGUGCUGUCGCCGCCGGCCGUGCGGAUACCGCGGGGACAAUACGAGCUGCUGAGGUCGUCGUCGUCGUCGGCGGCGCCACUGCCGCCGCUGUUGCCGCCCCCGCUGUCGGACACUGUGUCCACUGGUAGUGACACCAUGUCCAUAAGCUCCGGCCAAUAAUACGACAGCCGUGCGAAAUGCCUUCUCUGUAUCUGCGCGCGAUGGGCCGGACGCUGAGGACUUCCGGUCGGGUAUGCCAGAAGUCAGCCUCACGCGCCUGAGGCCGAUUUCUGGCAUCUCUGCUUCCGGUACGCGCCUCGGCCCGUCACGCGCCCUCGAGCCAAAGACUUCGGAUGCGAAACACGAUGACCGAUGUCUCUGGUAAGGAGAUUCGGGAGACGGUCACCUCGCGGAAGUGUCCGGUAGCCGGUGAGCUCCCGACGUCGAAAGACACGAUGAACCGUGCUCGGCGAUUUCUACACAGGUAUGUCGGUCACCGGGUUUACUGCCCUCAACUACCGCUUGCAAAAGCAGUGAUAAUCAAAGGUACACCGAGCUUUGUCAACGAUUGGUAGCUGGUAGUAAUACGUAAAUACGACUAGAGAUCUCGAGCAGUACAAUCCGCGAUGUGGUUAUCGACGACGGUGGCGUAACUGGUCGUUCGCUCACGGGAAAUGAACGAAAGUGGGAUUCGUGACGUCGGGAAAACGGACGACGGGAAAAUUGUGGAGAAAGAUUCCGAAAAGGAGGACGAAACUGAGUAAAAAUGUGGUAAUCGAAGGUGAUUGUUUCAAGAAAAGCGAUUGUACAAUCAAAAUUCUCGCGUUUAGCGUUAAAAUAAGUGUGGUUAGUUGGUAUCGGAGGUAGGCUUGCCCGAGAUUCAUUGCAUCCUUCGACCAGGAUGCUUCCUACUGGAUCUUCUCCAUAGCAGGCUCACGAUGUUUCAGAGUUGCGCCACUGUUCGUAUAUAUAUAUAUAUAUAUAUAAUAGAAGCUCAAGUUUAGAAUCGCCGUACUUGUUUCCGGUUUGGAGAAUAAAAGAAGAAAAAACGAAAAAAAAGAAGAAAAAAAUCAUAUUAGAAGCGCUGAAACGGCAGCCGUAGAAUUCUCGUUUCGAGGUUUUCGCAAUGAAUUCGUUCGCUGAGAUCAUUUGUCGCGCAUCGUGUGCAAAGCGAAGACGCUGAGAUUGUUCAGAACACCAAAAAGCUCUACGCGCCUAUUUUGUAUAUCGGUUUAGAGUCGGCACACUCGUUUAAGGGUCUCGUAGCUGUAGCCAUGUAAGAUACAACGGUAUGAUAUAGUCCGAGGAGCCUAAACAUGACGACGAAUCGCGCCUAGCAAGGAGGAGGAUACGAUACUUUGCACACACACCUUUCCGUCCUGUUGUACUGAAACCAAUGGUUUGCGAAACGGGCGUUGAAUUUCUUAGCGUUUUUUAGUAUUAACGAACGUUCCUACCUAAAUGAGAGAUGAGGACUAGUGUGUUCACCGGAGAUCAAUCUGAGAAAAUAAGAAUUCAAGAUUCCUCGUGGAAAUAGUCGCGAGUUUCGUCUCGGAAUGCACUCGCGUGUUACAAAAACUCCUCGGUGUCGGACGGUGUUUCGACACGGGAGGUCCGCGACGGAAGUUUAGAAAGAGUCGAAAAUAGAGAUCGCGCAAAUCGGUGGCCUCGGAAAUCCGCGCGAGGUGUCGAGGAUCUGCGAAGCCACCCAGGUACUCUGUAAGUCCGAAGAGAAUCCAUCGAGUUGAGACUCAAGCUAGAACGUACAGUCGGCGUGUCUUGCGUAUGUCGUACCAUUCCUUAGAUCGAGAGUUACACGACUUUCAGCCUUAUGUGUAAUACGCAUAAGGUCGAAAAUCGUGUGAGACAUUCAAAUUAUAAUGAUAUGGCAUACACAUGGCUCAGUGUAUGUGUGCGAAUAUAUAAGUGGAGAAAAAGACGAACAUUAAGCGAAACUCUCGCGAGCGUGACUACAAUCAGAGCGUAUUAUAUCGCGAUUGACUCUAAACUGCUCAGAAGAACUCGCCGGGUGUUAUGUUGAAAGCGACAUCGUGUUGUUGUUACAUACACACACACACACACGCAUAUACACACAUGUAGAAGACGUACACAUAGAGAAACGACUAGCUCUCUCUUAUUUUUUAAUUUUAAUUAUCCACACAAUGAUCGUAGCGCCGAGAGACGAGAAAAUUAAUUAAGGAAGAACGCGCAGCGGCCGAUCCGGGAGAAGUUUUUAAAUCGCGUCGGUGUCAUCAGAAAUUUUAUAGUUGCUUCGAAUGCUGUCGCAACCUGAUCUUAGCGCGCUGAAAUAAUCAACGAGAGAGAGAGAGAGAAAAAGAGAGAGAGAGAGAGUGAGUGUGGGAGUGAGUGAGUGAGUGAGUGAUAGAUACAUGACAGUUACGCGUAAGAUAGUCGUUUUUUCCUUCGCGUAGAGGCGAGAGAUUAUUUAUAAAAUAAUGUCGAUCACUCAUUAGAUCACGGGGUGAUCUCUCAGGUACGCAACUUGUUGCGACGCGAUUCUACGUAGUAGAAACAAAUUUUCGGCGGUUCUUGUGACUCGAUCCUGUUGGCCCUUCACUCGUUUAGAGGGAGAUUCAGGGAGGGGUGAAGAUGGGGAAGGGGGAGAUAGAUUGUUACAUAAUAAAUAAAAGAGAUAAAGAUUAUUUUCCAAUGUAACGUAACGUUGUAGAAGAGAGAACAUUGUUUCUCGCGUAGACGCCUAGUGAUGCGCUUUUUUAAACGCGAGAGAACACGCGGGAGGAAAUGCGCGACGUCGUAAGAUUUUCAUCAAAAGGAGUUUCACACACGAAGUUUCCGACCCUUUACGCUAGACUCUCCGCUUGUACACGAUCUUUAGGUGAUGUCGCGCGAGAGAAACGAUGAAAUCGUUGACUAGUCUGAUCGCGCACCAACAAGUACCGCACAAGUGGACGAUUUGUUUCGAUUUUGAAUCAACUAGUUGAAAUCUCGUGCUUUACGUAAUGUAAUGUAAUAGCGCGAAACGCAUCCGCUCACCGGCAACGUCGAUAAUAAUAAUAAUAUUUAGCGUAGCGCACAGGGAUAAACAUAAUAAGCUCGAUGUGAUAAAUAGUUAAGAGGCUUUCGUUAAUCUCUAAGAAGGUUUCGAUCAAACCUCGGUUACACAGAGGGGGUCAAAGAUUUUGAAUGGGAUGAAAAAAAUUAUCACCCUAAGUUGCAUAAAUUUAUA